AUGCAGUCUUUUCUACAGUAUCGACGUCUCAGGAAGGCUGCUCACGCACAAGUUUGUGACGCCAAUGCCGCCGGCGCGCCUGGCAUACCUACGCCGUCUCAUACAUGCACCCUGCCGACCGAAUCUCUAGGCGUCAGAACCAACUUCCAAGGGUCCAUUCCUGGUAUCAACGUACAGACCUCGGGCGACAGAGAUGCCGAAUCCUCUCUUCUCUUUAUUGUCACAUGGGCCUCAGACCAAGACGCUGAGAAUCCGCGAAACUUUUCCAUGGCUAGACGUCUGAUUGCGACCCUUCUCGUAUCGAUAUUAGGCUGCGUUGUCGGCGUCGCCUCCUCCGUCUACUCUGGAGUUGCGCCCCAAAAUGCCGAAGCCUUCGGUGUCUCUGAAGUCGCCGCAUCCCUCGUAACCGGCAUCUAUCUUCUCGGCUUCGCAGCCGGCUCCCUCGUCAGCGGCCCUCUCUCGGAAGUUCUUGGCCGCAAUUUGGUCUACGUGAGCUCGUUGACGCUCUUCAUCAUCUUCGUCAUGGCCUCGGCUUUGGCACCAAACUUUGGCGCGCAGCUCGCUUUCCGCUUCCUGUCUGGCGUGUUUGGCUGCCCGCCCCUGACUUGUGCGGGCGGCACCAUAGCAGACCUGUGGAACCCGUUGGAAAAGACGACUUACUUUCCCAUGUAUGCCAUUAUAUCUUUUUGCGGUCCUGCCAUGGGUCCUUUGAUCGCAUCCUACAUCGGCCAGACGGAUGUACUUUCUUGGCGGUGGGCGGGCUGGAUUGUGACAAUCAUGUCCGGGGCCGUCUUGGUAUUGAUUGUAUUCUUUCAGCCCGAGACCUAUUCGCCACUGCUGUUGAGUUGGAGAGCCAAGCACCUCAGAGCUGCUACUGGAGAUGGGCGAUUUCGCUGCGAGAUGGAUGUCGACCACAUCUCUCUUGUUCGCCGCAUUGGCAGGGCCAUGAAGAACCAAUUUCUCAUCACGAUACAUGAGCCGAUUGUCUUGCUGAUUUCCUUAUACAUGACUGUGGUAUAUAUCGUGCUCUUCACAUUCUUGGAUGGCUACGCCUACAUUUACACCGACGUUCACGGCCUGUCCCAGGGUUUGACCAACAUCAUCUGGGUCGCCAUGGUUAUAGGUAUAGUUUCCGCCGCGUUCCUCGUCCCUCCAGCUUAUAUUUGGACAAGGAGGCUGUUACGCGACAACACCGAGGGACGGUCUUCCGACGGGUUCCAUAUCCAGCCCGAACAGCGUUUGUGGUACGCCAUGCUGGGAGCUCCUUUGAUACCCAUCAGCCUGUUUUGGAUGGCCUGGACUGACUUUGCCCGAAUUUCUGUCUGGUCCCCGAUUAUUGCUUCGGCCGUCUUUGGGCUUGGUACCAUUUGCAUCUUUAUUAGCUCCUACAUGUACGUCAUAGACUGCUAUCAUAUCUAUGCCGCCUCGGCAUUGGCAUUCAUGACCGUCUCUCGUUAUGCCGCGGCCGGUGUAAUGACCGUCGUUGGCAUUCCAUUCUAUCGGAACAUGGGCGUCCAGUGGACGCUCACGAUCCUCGGCUGCAUCAGCGCCGCUUUGGUUCCGGUCCCAUUCGUCUUCUACUGCUCCGGGCCAACUAUCCGGAAAUGGAGCAAGUUUGCCGAGAGCCAAGACUCCAAGGUUUAA